GAAUCUGUAGAACUUCCCAAGGGGAGUGAAUUGCUCAAUGAAGUUCAACCAGUGAAAGAAUUAGAAUUUUCUGAGGACAAGGAACAAACAUUUGAAGUGCAGUCAGUACAAGAAUCAAAGUAAGUGAUAGCAGAAAAUAUAGUUGAAUCUGUAGAAAUUCCCAAGGGGAGUGAAUUGCUCGAUGAAGUUCAACCAGUGAAAGAAUUAGAAGUCAUGGUAAAAGAUAAUAGUGCAUCCAUUGAACCUCCCAAGAAUGAGGAGCAACCAAAUGAAGCUCCACAUGUGAAAGAAUCAGAAGUUAUAGCAAAAGAUAUUGGAGAGUCCUUAGUACCUUCCAAGGACAUGGAAGGGCCAGUUGAAGGUUUUCCUGUGAUUGGAUCUGAGGAAAUGGGAGCAAAAGAGAUGGGUGGUUCCACAUUGGGUUCAGAAGAAAUUGAAAAACUAGAACCUUGUAAAGUUACCGAAGUGAGGGAUGGCAAGGAAGAAUUGUCUGAGAUAACCAAUCAUGUUCAGAAUGAUUAUGUGGAGGUAGAAACUGAGCAAAUUGCGAAAGGUGAAAAUGUGGAAGAUCAAAACCCAUUGGCUAUUGGGAAUGAUAGUACAUCACCUUUGGGAGUAGGACAAAUCCACAAAGAAGAGGAGCAAUGCAAAGAACAAAGUGAUAAACAAGAUUCAGUUUAUCAGAAGGGUCAACCUAGUGUAAAUUUAGUUGCACCUGACAUUCCACCUCAUGAUGUGAAAGAGGAUGAAAAGAAGGAAUCAGGCAACAUUGAUGUCGUUGCACAAUUAUCAGUAGAGGAAGCACCCGCUAUGGAGAAAGUGGGAGAGGAAAACAAAGAAAAAGGAAUGAAGACUGAGAAGGCAGAUGAAGCUACACAUGAGAACAUACAAAAAAUAACGCUGCCAAGGGAAGAGGUGGCUCCAAGAGACUAUGAAACUGAUGUUGUGGUAGAAGGGAAGUCAAUUGAUGACCAAAAAGCUGGUAAAGUCGCUAAUCUGAUUGCAGAAACCAAGGUUGAUGAGAGUAUUACAGAUGAGAAACUAGCACCGGUUGAGACUGCCAGUGUUCAGGUAAAUGAAACACCUAAAGAACCCCAAGAGCUUGAGUUGGAAGUAAAAGAUAAAGAAAAUGUGAGGGCAGAAGCUGAAGUUCCGAAAGUUAAUGACAAGAAAGAAGUUCCAUCGAAGCCUAGUCAUAAGCAUUCACACAAUAUUUUAUCGAAAGUAAAACAGUCGCUGGUGAAGGCAAAGAAAGCUAUCAUUGGCAAGUCACCAAGCUCAAAAACCCUUUCCUCCGAAGCAAGGGAUGACAUUAAAGUUAAGUGAUGGUAUGCAAUGAAUAAUCACUGAAUAUUUCACAUUUCACACAAAUGUCAUAUAACCCUUACCGUUGGACAUGCAGCAGGUCAGAGUUAAUGCGUCAGUAUUAUUUGAUUUUUCUUGGUUUGUUUAUUAUUAAAAAAUAAGUGUGUAUAGAAGAAGGUCUCAGUCAACGUUAUACUUGAUACUAUAUGGAUAAAUUGAUUCUUCUUUGUAUUUAUUAUUGUUUGGUGUUUUGUUUGUUCUAGUAAUUAUCAGAAGACGUGGUUGUGAGGAUUUUUUUGGAUAGUUGUCAUAGUUGCAAUGUAAAUUUUGAUAUUGUACGAACACAUUGGUUCUUCUUUGUAUUUACUAUUGGUUGGUGUUUUGUUUUGGAUA